CAAGUAGAAUCAUAGCAGCAUUAACACUGUAUAAUUUACCAUCACGAUGGCUUUCCGAUUGAUUCGUAAUAUUGUAAGAAAUUUAUUUAAUAAGCCUACAAAUGCUGCACCAAAAAGUGCAUCAAUUGUUGCAUCGACCUCGUCACGAAACUUUUCUUCGGAAGUGAAGAAAGUUACAUUAAUUCCAGGCGAUGGAAUCGGACCGGAAAUUUCAGCAGCAGUCCAACAAAUUUUUCAAGCCGCUAAUGUUCCAAUCGAAUGGGAAACUGUCGAUGUAACACCUGUCCGUCAUCCUGAUGGUAAAUUUGGCAUCCCUCAAGCAGCAGUUGAUUCAGUAAAUCAAAAUAAAGUUGGUUUAAAGGGCCCACUGAUGACACCAAUUGGCAAGGGUCACCGAUCAUUAAAUUUGCAAUUGCGUAAAGAAUUCAAUUUAUAUGCAAAUGUUCGGCCUUGUCGCUCAUUAGAAGGCUACAAAACCCUUUAUGAUGAUGUUGAUGUUGUAACUAUUCGAGAAAACACCGAAGGUGAAUAUUCUGGAAUCGAGCACGAAAUUGUCGAUGGGGUCGUUCAAAGUAUCAAACUAAUCACGGAAGAUGCUUCGAUGCGAGUCGCUGAUUAUGCCUUCCAGUAUGCCAAAGACAAUAAUCGUUCGAAAGUAACUGCCGUACACAAAGCAAAUAUAAUGCGUAUGUCAGACGGGCUUUUCUUGCGCUGUUGUCGUCGAGUUGCCGCCAAAUAUCCAGAAGUUAAAUUUGAAGAAAAAUAUUUGGACACAGUUUGUUUAAAUAUGGUACAAGAUCCAUCUCAAUACGACGUAUUGGUCAUGCCAAAUUUGUACGGAGAUAUUCUUUCCGAUAUGUGCGCGGGAUUGGUUGGUGGUCUUGGCUUGACUCCUUCAGGAAAUAUGGGAUUAAAUGGUGCAUUGUUCGAAUCUGUCCAUGGAACCGCUCCCGAUAUAGCUGGAAAAGAUUUGGCUAACCCAACGGCUCUUUUGUUAUCGGCUGUGAUGAUGUUACGACACAUGAAGUUAAAUACGCAUGCCGAUAAAAUCGAAGCUGCUUGUUUUGCCGUAAUCAAGGAGGGCAAAUUCUUGACUGGUGAUCUUGGUGGCAAGGCCAAAUGCUCUGAAUAUACAAAUGAAAUUUGUUCACGGUUGUAAAGUGUGUCAAAUUCUGAAAUCAACAUACACUACAUUGUGUUACCGAA